AUGAGUUCGGAGGGCGUGAAGGAAGAUUGUCUUGGUUGGGCAGCCCGAGAUCCUUCUGGACUUCUCUCCCACUACAAAUUCAGCCGUAGGACCGUGGGAAGCGAUGAUGUCUCGAUCAGGAUCACACACUGGGGGGUGUGCUAUGCAGAUGUUGCUUGGACUAGGAAUGAGCUAGGACACUCCAAGUAUCCUCUGGUGCCAGGGCGCGAGAUAGUUGGAAUUGUGAAAGAGGUUGGCUCCAGUGUCCGAUGCUUCAAAGUCGGCGAUCACGUAGGCGUUGGAACUUAUGUCAAUUCAUGCAGAGAAUGCGAGUACUGUAACGACGGGCUAGAAGUCCAAUGCGAGAAGGUGGUUUUGACUUUUGACGGGAUCGAUGCGGAUGGUACAGUCACAAAGGAAGGAUUUUCUAGCCACAUUGUCGUCCAUGAAAGGUACAGCUUCAGGAUACCGGAAAACUACCCGAUGGUGGAUUUAGCAGCACCAUUGCUUUGCGAAAAUGAACAUUAG